AUGAAACGACGGAGAGUUGAGGCUUCUGGAUCUACUGGUACUGUGCGCAGUUCCAAGAUUUUUGCGCCUUUCAGAGUCAUUGGUCACGUCUCCAACGGAACUCCAUUUGCUGUGGGAACGUUAGGUCAGUCUUUUUACAUCGCCACUGUGGUUGGCAGAUCCUUCCAAAUCUACGACGCUGCAACCUUACACCUGCUUUUUGUAUCGUCCACCCAGACAGAAACCCCUAUUCGUUCCAUUACAGCAUAUUUCCACUAUGUUUUCUGUUCUUAUGGAAAUAAAAUCGGUAUUUUCAGGCGAGGCAAAUUGGAAAAAGAGCUCACCCUGCCAACUGCUGAUACCAUCAGAAAAGUGACAAUCUUUGGCAAUUAUUUAGUUGCCUGUACGGGGUCCUCGCUUUUCGUUUUUGAGAAGAAAGAUGAAAAAUUUCCUACCGAAUACUAUGGAGAGCUCAAAGUGAAUGCUCUCAACGGCGAGAUCGUGGAUAUUGUGCAUCCUCCAACCUAUAUCAACAAAAUAGUGGUUGCCACAACUUCUCAUCUGCUCAUAUUCAACGUUAGAACUGCGAAAAUGGUGUUCGUAUCCGAAGAGUUUGUUGAUGGAAUCACUUGUAUCGAAACGGCCCCAGCUCUAGACAUCCUGGCUGUUGGAAAUGGUGUUGGCUCAUUUGCCGUUUACAACUUGAAAAAGGGUAAAAUUCUUAGAAACGUGUCUACAGGAUCCAAAUCUAAAAUCACAUCGCUUUCCUUCAGAACUGAUGGAUCCCCCCACGUGGUAUGCUCGAUGGUGAAUGGAGACUUGUUCUUCUACGAUUUGGAGAAGAAGACAAGAGUACAUGUUUUACGUAAUGCUCACAAAGAGAUUUCUGGUGGUGUUUCAAAGGUGCAAUUUCUAAGCGGACAGCCAAUACUGGUCACUACUGGCGCCGACAACAGUCUGAAGGAAUACGUUUUUGAUCCGGCUCUCUCAGACAACUCGGCUGUUGUCUCUCCCCCUAGACACCUGAGAUCUCGUGGAGGACACUCGGCUCCACCUACCUGCAUCACAUUUGGCGACUCGAAGUCGCAUUUUAUCCAAUCUGCCUCCCAAGAUCGCUCGUUCUGGACCUUCUCGCUACGUAAAGAUGCUCAGUCUCAGGAAAUGUCUCAAAGACAGUCCGCCAUGAAGGAUGGAAAACGACAAGCAGGUAUCUCUUCAACGUUCAAGGACAAAUUCCCGCCAAUCACCAUGAUAGCUCAGGAGAACGCCAGAGAAGGAGAUUGGGCCAAUAUUGUGACUGCGCACCAAGACGAAACGUUUGCACGUACAUGGGACUCUAGAAACAAAAAGGUUAGUAAACACGUUCUGGAUACAAUCGAUGGUGGCAUUGUCAAGGCCGUGAACAUCACUCAGUGCGGAAACUUUGCCCUUGUUGGAUCCAGCAAUGGUGGCAUUGGAGUGUAUAACCUGCAAAGUGGAAAACUUCGCAAAAAUUACAAGUUGCACAAAAAGGCUGUCACCGGUAUUGCUGUUGAUGGAAUGAACAGGAAGAUGGUUUCUUGUGCUCUCGAUGGACUCGUUGGCUUUUACGAUUUCAGUCAAUCAAAGUUCUUAGGAAAACUGCAACUGGACGCUCCAAUUACCCAAAUGGUUUACCACAGAGGUUCAGACCUUGUUGCCUUUGCUUUAGAUGACCUUUCCAUUGUUGUCGUCGACUCGGCCACGCAUAAAGUAGUCAGACAGCUAUUUGGACACUCCAACAGAAUCACUGCUAUAGACUUCUCGCCUGACGGUCGCUGGAUUGUGUCGGCAUCCUUAGACUCCACUAUUAGGACCUGGGACCUACCUACAGGUGGCUGCAUUGACGGUAUACUUGUUCCUAACACUGUCACAUGCUUGAAGAUGUCUCCGUUGGGCGAUUAUCUUGCAACCACGCAUGUCAAUGGAGUAGGUAUAUCUUUGUGGACUAACAAAGCGCAAUUCAAGCCAAUAUCCACGAAGCACGUCGAAGAGGAGGAGUUUGCAACCAUGAUGCUUCCGAAUGUAAGCGGCGAAAACGGCUCUAGUAUUCUGGAAGGUGCGUUUGCCGAAGACGAGGAACAUAGCUCCGGAACGUACGUUUCCGUGGACCAGCUUGACAAAGAUCUAGUGACUCUUUCGCUGCACUCGCGCACAAAGUUCAAUACCAUUAUGCAUUUGGACACGAUCAAGAGGAGAAACAAGCCGUCGGAGCCUCCGAAAAAGCCAGACUCUGCUCCAUUUUUCUUGCAGCAGACAAGCGAGCAAAAGCAAACGGAGAUGGAGUCCCAAUUGAUGAAGCUAGACCCUUCUGCUGCUUCGUUUGAGUCUGAUUUUACGAGAAUGCUUCGAGAGGGUGCUGAGUCUAGUUACGACAAGUUUAUUGACUAUCUCGUGGACAUGAGUCCUGCCACGCUGGAUCUGGAACUCAGAACAUUGCGGACAACAGAGCCAUUCACAGAACUCAAAAGAUUUGUGGAUGCUAUCAAUUAUGGUCUUAAGCAGAACAAAAAUUAUGAAAUCCUGGUGGCCGUUGUCUCUGUCUUUCUCAAAAUCCAUGGAGACGUGUUGUACAAUGUUCAAGGCGAGGUUGUGCAAGCUCUCGACGAAUGGCGUUCCGUGGCUUCUCAAUUAGACAGCAAGAUGGACGAUAUGGUAAAAUACUGUUCUGCAGUGAUCAACUUCAUCACGACAACAUAGUUUCAUAGCCAAUUAAUGUCUUUAAUUUUUAUACCUGCCACAGCUAUAGUGCACCACAGAUCCGUCUGGAAAGAAGCUAAGAAUCGAUGAGGCGGCGAAGUUUUUGUUGCAGACCAUGCAUUUGGAGCUUGCAUCAAUGCGGACAUGGGCUGCGUCUGAGAGCAAUUUUUCGUACUUGAGGUUGAUGAGCUGCACUUUAAGAAGCUCAUUUUGUAUGAUGUCUAAUCGGAGAUCUGACGUCAAGUUCCUUAUGUUGGAUUCCAAGUAGCCCUCCAAUUUGCCAAGCUGCAGAGAUUCAGGCAACUUCUCUAGCACCUGGACUGUAUCUAGAUAUGUAAUGCCCGAGUCUAAUAUUUCAAAAACUGAGUCGUAGUCCUCAGAGGAUAGGAGCAUGUCGAGCAGCAUAUAUGUGAGUUUGAUUCCGGUCUCAGGUGACGAAGAGUAAACUGCCCUGCAAUAACUUAGCGCCUUUCUCACAUCGUUGAGCUUGCGCACAAGUAUAUCUAGCACUUCUUUAUGUUUAUUGAGUUUGCCAAGAGGAAGGAUCAUGAGCUCCAAUACAACUGGCGACUGUUUAAGCGAACCGAGUAUUUUGAGCACAAACGAUGGAUUGUAGUUAUCGAGUGAGUAAAUUUGAUUGAUGUGGGCCUGGUUGUUGGCAGGGUCCUGUAGGUAUAACUCGAUGAGUUUAUUUGGGAACUUGAUGUUGGUCUCGCCGAGGUCAAAAAUUAGGUAGCGCAAGUAACGCACUUGCAACGAGGGCCAUUUGUUAAGAAAAUCCAGUACUUGAUGUUUGUUCAGAGAUUCACACUCAACUGAGUCAUCCAUGAAGAUACUCUCCACGUUGGUCUGAUCUAGUGCAAUCAGUUUUUCUGCGUACUUGAAUAUAAGAUCCAGCUGUGGUUGUCCAAGUUUCUGUAUGUAUUUGACCAUAAAUUCUGGUUUGAAGAUGUGCUCCUCUAUACACAGCUUCUCCAACAACUCCAACGCCUUGUCGUGCCGUGAUCGACAGUAAUAAAAAUCUAUAAGCUCUGUGUACAGCUUGAGUUCGAGACAUUUAUUCUCUAUUUUGUCGAAGGAGCAAUAGUUGGAAAUUCUGAGCAGUGGUCCCACCAUUCUGGGAUUGGUAAUCAGAUAGCAUUGAAAAAGACAGUCGUCUACAGUUUGCAGUUUUUGUUCUAGCUUCGAAAUAUCCUUGGACCCAUAAAGCUCACGGGAAAUGAGAAAGCCAUGCCACUGGAAUUUAGGCGAAUCGGGAUCCAAAAGUCGUGUAAGUUUCCUCCGAGCAUCUGUUAAAAAGCUGAUUACCAGGCCAAUUAUUUUGACGUCCUGGUUGAGUCUGGUUUCCGGCUCCUUAUCGCUCUUCAAAGACUCCUUGCUUGCAGCAUGUCUCAGACUUGAUGUGCCAGACAGCAGAUUUUUUACUGAUUCUGGCAGAUUAUCAAGUAAGAGCUCCGGCGAGGCUAGAAACUCGACAAAUAACUUGAUUCCUGUCUCAUAAUUUCCUGACUUGAUAUACUCUAAACCCUUUAGAAGCUGAAAUUGACGUAGUUUUGUAAAUUUGAUUUGUCGCGCAGAGUGGUCUUCAGAUAUAUCUUCAAAUGCCAACGGGUUGAGCUUCUCAAUCAAGUUUAUUGCAUUGUUAUAAUCCUUUGAUUUCUCAAACUCGGCUAGCUGGGAGUCGUAUGUAGUUUUCACAAGUUUGUACACUGUUGAGUUGCAAACUAAAAACAAAAACUUGGAGUUGAACUUGAUCGAGGUUAUGCUACCAAAUGUGGACGUCCCUUGCAAUUGCUGUACAAUUGAGCCGUUCUCGAGGUUCCGAAUUUCUAGGGAGUUGGUGUAGACCAAUACCACAUAGGGGAACCAAUACUUGAGAAACUUCAACUUUUUCCCAGACUGGUUAUGACUCGGCACUAAAACCGGGUUUCUAAAGUCUAUGGAAUGGGUAUGUCGUCUGUACACAACAAGUUCUAAAUCGCUGUUGAGUUUAAUUAGGUUGUAGUCUUUCAUGAUGAUGAGCUGCUGGUCGUUGUUUGCUUUGAAGAUUUCCAGUAGAGAGUCUGACGGGCUGAAGAAAAAUGACUUGCUGAAACCAGUAGGCUGGUUUAGAAACUGGAUCUGUAUAGUUGAUACCGAAUCGUGCGUCAAGUCUAUUUUCAGGGUGUCACCGUUUUUCAAUGCAACGAUUAAACCAUCGGAAUUGAGAAACUCAACAACCUGAAUUUUGUCAUUCAUCUUAUAUUCGUAUUUGCGAUCGUAUUGGUUGUCGUGCCACUUCAUCACCGCAAUAUUCCGUUUCGAUACCAGACACAAGUAGCUGUUGCCUGUCAAUGACGUGACAAACUUCUUGGUUCGGACGGUUUCCAAGGCAGUAGUGGCCAGCGAGAUCGAGUCGUUGUCGUCUACUGUGAUGUAAUCGUUAUCUUCUUCAUUGAUUUGAUCUAGCUGAAGAUCCCUGUCGUCCUCGUACCAGGUUUUGAUCAAAUUGAAGCGUGCCUCAUCAAACUUGUCUAUGAAUUGAUAGUCGUUCAGAUUGUAUAUUUCCACUGUCUGGUUCUCCAGUAAGGCAACCAAAUAUCCCAAUUUUGGUAUCAAUUCCAAUUGCAUCGCUCGGCAUGACAACUUCGUUCUUGCAAUCACGUCGAGGUCUUCCAGUACCAGCUUCGAUUCGUCAAAUUGCGUCAUUUGUGUUUCUCCACCAAUGGGUAGCUGACAAACGUCUAAAGAACCAUCGUAUAGCCCCACAUAUACAAGGUUCCCAAAGACCUCAAAUGUGGAU